GAGCAAACAAGACAUAAUCUUACCAGCACUGAUGCUAACACACCUGAACAGUUUGCUGUACCGAUCUCCUCUCUGACAAGAGUAGACAUUGAAAGGGAUCGCACAGAGGGAAACUGAGGAUGAUGCCAUCACUACGGUUUUGUAAAGCUUUCCUGGCCUUUGUAAUAUGCCACAUGUGGCUGCUCUCCUUGGUGUCAAGUCAGUCCUCGACCACGAGUGACAGCAGUAGCCCAGGAACAAGCCCCAGCCCCUCUGGCAUGGCAUCAGCCUCCGUCCCCAUGACAACCGACUCAGCAUCGUCAAUGUCUGCAAUGUCAUCCGCCUCAGCAGCCCCAUCAGCAGCCUCAACUGCCUCCUCAUCUGGCAUGGCCUCCACCAGCAUGCCUCCUACCAAUGCUGCCAGCACCUCCAUGGGUGGCAUGGGGGUUAGCAGCCUCUGGAGCACCAGUAGCCCUGACAACAGCAGCAGCAGCAGCAGUCCUGGCUCUUACAACAGCACGGUGAGGGGAACUGUAUAG